AUGCCAAAGCAGCAUGUGGGCAAGAUGAAGCGGCCACCCGUCGAGCCAGUGGAGCCAUCGACCACGGCGAAGCGGAAACGCGGCAGACCGCCCAAGAGCGCGUGCAGCUCGUCCACUGCCUGGCGAGCCGAGCUCCCGAGCCCAAAGAAGUCCAGCGCCAAGCUCUCGCAGGAGAAUGACCCGGUUCGGAGAUUGGUAAAAGCAGGUCGGCGGCGAGGUGCUCAAACGGCCUACUUCUUCAUUCUCGAGGCUUGGAAGCUGGGAAGCGGCUACGACGACUUGAGCUCCCGCCAGGGCGCCGGGAGACGCUUCCUUGAUCCGACCUCGGUGAAGAUCUCCGUUGCCGUGGAGGCCGCUGGCUCCAUGGAGGAGGCAUCGCGGAUCGCCGUUCUCCUCUGUAGAAUGGCGGCCUCGGGAGCUACGUUCGAAGAGGUGACGCGGGAGAAGGCCUCUCAGCUGAAGAAUCUGAAGGAACUUCGGCCUGGUCAGCAAAGCAAGAGAACGUCACCAGCCAAGAGCUCGAAGAAAGCUUCCCCGGAGCCGGUGUUCAAGAAGUCUAAGCUCCUCAGCCGGGAAGGCGAACAUGAAGUUGGCCCUAAGCCGGCCGAGGGCAAAGUCCGACACUUCUACGACAUGUUGAAUGCCCGAGAGAGUAUCGCCAAGCGUCGCCGAGCCGGUGUCACAGGUGUCCAGCUGUACGAUGGGCUCUCCCCCGGCAUGGCGACCUACUUCAAGCGCUGGUGUUGCCCAAAUGUCAGACGACGGGAAGACCGCACGACGAGAGCCUUCGCUCAACUGGCGGCUGCGGACGCAAGAUAUGAGCUAUGUAACACUGAAGAAGAGCGUGAGAAGCUGAAGCGGCUUCUUGUGCUCAACUUUGCCGUCUGGCGUCUUAUCGGUGGGACCCUCCUUUUCGCUCGGGCCGUGGGCUUCCUCACGAACUGGUCUGAUGCGGAGAAGGCCCACAUCCGCCGCGUGAUCACCGAAGCUUUCCAGCGGGGCGCGGCGGCCUCCUUGUUCAGCGAUGCAUAUGAGGCGACCCAGAAGAUCCGGAUUGCAGGGGCCCAAGUCGAGGUCAAGCUUAGGACUUUAGGGUUUAGGGUUUUAGGGUUUAGGGGUUUCGGGUUUAGGGCUUAG